CGGGGCGCGCGGGGCAAGUGCAGCUCGGGACUUGGCCAGCCAGAUUCUCCCCUACGAGCACACCGGGUCCGGUCCUAUCUUCGUAGGAUCCAGAAGUGUCCCCUAUUGAGCUCUGGGACCCGGACUCCCGUCCAUCCAGACGAUCCCGACUGGGCCUCUUACAAGCUGGGAAUCUUCAUCUGUCUCCACUGCUCUGGCGUCCACCGCAACUUCCCGGACAUCAGCAAAGUUAAAUCCGUGAGACUCGACUUCUGGGACGACAGUAUUGUGGAGUUCAUGACUCACAAUGGGAACCUCCGUGUGAAGGCCAAGUUCGAAGCCAGAGUCCCAGCUUUCUACUACGUUCCCCAAGCCAAUGACUGCCUGGUGUUAAAGGAACAGUGGAUUCGAGCUAAGUAUGAGAGACAGGAGUUUAUGGCUGAUGGGAAAACGGUCCCUCCCCCAGGUAACCGAGAAGGAAUUCUGUGGAAGCGGGGAAAGGACAAUGCACAGUUUCUGAGAAGGAGAUUUGUCCUGCUGGCAAGAGAAGGAGUCCUGAAGUACUACACCAAGGAGGAGAGUAAAGGCCCUAAAGCUGUCAUCAACAUCAAGGACUUGAAUGCCACUUUCCAGACAGAGAAGAUAGGGCACCCACACGGGCUGCAGAUCACCUACAGGAGAGAGCGCCACAUCAGGAACCUGUUUGUGUACCACGAGAGUGGGAAGGAGAUAGUGGACUGGUUCAACGCCCUCCGCGCAGCCCGUCUGCAAUACUUAAAAAUGGCCUACCCCGAGCUUCCAGAGUCUGAGGGAGGCCUUAGGAUCUUCCCCACUGCAAUUGUAACAGGAGAGGUCUGCCUACAGUGGCCAAGCUCGUGCCCUUCCUCACCAGGAACUACCUCAAACAAGGCUUCAUGGAAAAGACUGGUCCAAAGCAGAGAGAACCUUUCAAGAAAAGGUGGUUUGCCCUGGAUCCCCAGGAGCGGAGGCUGCUGUAUUACAAGAACCCGCUGGGUUUUAACCUUUCAAAUUCAAGUCGUUCCCCCACCCACCCACACGGUGGCAUACCCCUGUCAUCCCAGCGGCUCCCGAGGCUGAGGCAGGAGGAUCGCGAGUUCAAAGCCAGCCUCAGCAAAAGC